UCAAGCCUAACAAGGCCAAAAAUGUUUAUGCAUAAGAACAAUGUGUGUUUCAUGCCUUGUUAGGAAAGAAAGAUGAGAAAUGUCGGGGCUCUCAACUGGCAUAAAUCUUGCUAUGUUCCGACAAAGUUCGACGCCCUCGUCGUGGCGUUCAGAAGGUGGCUGAACAAGUACGGCGGCGCACAAGUUGAUUGGAGCGGUAAAUACACUGGAGAGCUUCCACCAACUCCUCCAAGAGAGCAGCUCUUCGACAGGUACUGGACUCACACUGUGGGUUGCAGCAGCUGCAGUGCAGCGUAUAAGCGUCUCAAUGCGCUAGUGAUUGCCCUUCAAGUUGUCUCGAUUGCUUCGACUGCAGCCGUAGCCACAGCCAAACAUGGUGGAAUCUCCAUUGCUGCAAGGUAUUCAGUAGCUGUGCUGAGCUUCUUGGCUUCAAAAUGGCUGUCCCAUUUCAUCCACAAAACUUUCAUAUGCCAUGACUAUGAUCAUGCAUUCCGUUAA